UACCGUGUGCAAAACCGUAGAUGAUCAUCGCGCGUAAAAGAAGCUAGUAGAGGUGCAGGAGAGAAGGGAGAGUUGGGUAGAGUAAGGGAGAUCGGACCUAAUGAGUGGAUCAAUGUGUUACAGCUGUGGCAAGCCUGGCCAUUUUGCCAGGGAGUGCAGUAGUGGGGACCGCCGUGCCGGGGGGCGUGGAAGAGGAAAAUCAGGCACGAAGUGUUACAAGUGCAAUCGAUUCGGCCAUAUGGUUCGAGAUUGUCGGGAUGACAAACUGCCCCGCUGCUACAACUGUAACGGAAUGGGUCAUAUUGCUGAAGAUUGUACCCAGGACAGAGUGAAGGACACUUGUUACAACUGUGGCAAGCCAGGUCAUUUUAGUCGAGACUGUGGAGAACCCACUCAGGAUAAAUCUUGCUACAGAUGUGGUACUUCUGGCCACAUUGCCAAGGAGUGUACGAACCCAGGUUCUGGAAAUGGUUUAGGUGGCAGUGGUGGCGGCAGCAGCAGCGGUGGCCGUCGCGGCAACACUGGCUGCUUUAAUUGUGGUGGCCCUCAUUUUGCAAGGGACUGCAAUGAACCGGGCCAACAACAAUCACGUCUAAAAUGUUACAAAUGUGGAGAUCUUGGACACUUUGCAAGGGAGUGCAGAAGCGGGGGUAGCGAACAGAAGUGUUACACAUGUGGUGAACCAGGGCACCUUGCUCGUGAGUGCGAGGAAAACGAAGACUAGAAAGGGCCUACUACCCUGGAGUCUGGACCUCACAAAUAACACAAGUUGUGAUGACAUCAUGGACAAUGUAGUAGUUGUAACAUCUCCUUGUUUGUUACCUUGUUGGUAGGAGUCGUGUGUGAACCUCCCUUGAUUUUGUAUGUUCUGUGGUGUACCACAUUCUAUUUCAUUUUUCAUUAUUUUUCUUUUCCUGUUGUUGAAAAUCUUUUUAAGUGUUCUUUUUUAGUCAUUGAUACCUGUUUAAAAUGAUAGAAAUGUAUCCAAUCAACGUGAAAAAAAUAUUUUUUCUGUGUUAAUUUGGCGAGGUCCACGAGACAACUUGAUGACAUUUUGACAAUUCAUUUAUUUUUCUUCUUCUGUUCUAAUAUUAUUUCAUGUUUUAAUGAGGGAGGUUGUCAUACAGAAAGAUGAUAUAUUUUAUACUAGACUGUCAGUUUCCGUUUUGUGAAAAGUUGAUUACUAUAAUGUAUGUGAUUAAGUAUCAGCAACUUGAAUGACAUAUACUAAGUUCUAGGCUGCUUUUACAUGUUUAUAACCACAAUUUAAACUAGAUCAAAUUAAGAGAAUUUAUGCCUUUGAUAAUUGUAAGGUUUUUAAGAGACAAAAAUGUAUGUACUUUCGGUUAUGUUAUAUUCAGUAGAAAACAUGUUUAAUGCUUUGAAAAAAAAAGAAAAAAAAACAGAUAUGGAAUUAGUUGGUGUAAUUUUGUCAUCUUACUUUUUACGCCCAUUUGUUUUUGGAAUAAAGUACCAAUGUUUCGUUCACAAUUGCAAAAUGAUUUUGCUAUGGACUGGUUUUUGCUUGGUUCUAUCGGAUGUUCCCACCAAACGGCCAGUUCUACCAAGUUUUAGAUGCUUAGUCAUUAUCUGUACAUAGAUGUUUGUAUUGUGUUUUUGAGCUCCGAGACAUGGUGAGGUAGGGCACGUCGGUCCAGAUUCAUCGUUUAUAAAUUGUUGCAUCACAUUUUGAAAUUUAUGGAUUUUUCAACCCUAACUAAUGAAAAAGAAAUGCGAGAGUUGAAAAGCUCUUAAUGUUGAACUAAAUGAAUUCACUGGAAAUAAAGGUAAAUUUACAGUGAUGGUGAAUUCUUGUAUAGAAGGUGAAGAUUUAACUUUUGCCCCCAUUCUUUAUGUAUUUUGGCCAGUAUAUGUUAAUGAAUCUAGGAUAAUGAAUGGGUAUGAAAAAAGAACAGAGCAAAAAGCUGUGUUCAGUUCUUGCUCAUUGGACUUGAAAUCAUGAGCAAGAAACCAGGAACUUUUUUUAUUUAUUUUUUUUAGAUAAUGUAAUGGGAGACAUUGUCAAUCUGCUGAAUUUAAUGCACAGUUUUGAAUUAGUAUUCUAGUGAACUUGAUAUUUGUACAGUACAAUAUUUUGUGCAAAAAUUUGCUUCACAAACGAAAUUAACAAUUUUAUCAAGUAGAAAGAAAUGAAAAUACUUCAAUUUGGUUGUAGUGCAAUAAGAUUGCUAUUCCAUAUAUAUUCUUCACUUUUCAGUGAAACUGAUGCAUUAUUCCUUAGAUAAACACCGUUAGUGUUUGACAGCAUAUGCAUGUCUUGGUGUACUGGAAGAUACAGAUUCUAUAGAAGGUUGAAUCUAUUUGCUGACAGUCCAAGUCUUGCUUGUCUGCUAACGUGAAAUUUUUGAUGAAUGCAUAUUUUUAUACCUUUGUUCAGCAGAUUUAAUUUUCACUGCAAUGUGUGAAAUAAAAUUUUAAAACUUUUAAAAUAUUCAAAUAUACAAUGAAGCCAUACACCAAACAAAAAUGAAUGGUACAUUUAUUUUUGUUAAAAUAAGAAUAUCUAUGUCUGUGAUGACUUAUUCAAUUAUUUUAGUUCACUGUAAGCAUACAACUAUUGGCUGCAUACAAUGUUUAAUGGCGGCCAUGGUUUCUGUUUGAUGGAUGGCUUCCGUGCUGGUGAUGUUGAUGGUCAGGAGGAGAUGGUGUCAAAAUAGGAGAGGAUACAAAACUUGGUCACACUAAAGUCGAGCUAGCUCUUAAUAGUAUUGCUCAGUGUUUUGGUGAUUCAAUAUAGAUAAGAUACAAAAUCGUAAAUUUAAUGGACCUGCUGUUAUCAGAACACUCUCUUGAGUGAUGUCUUUGGACAAUGUUUAGUUUUGUAUCCUUUGCUAUAUCUACAGAGCAAGUAGGUUGAAGUCGGUGAAGAGGAGGUGGUGUUCACAUUCUCUCUAAGGCAGCUUAUUUUUCAAGUUGGUGGAGUGAGGAGUUUAUAUAGUUUAUCAAUUAUAUUACUAAGAAAAUGUUUGAUCAGCCCAAGCCUGGCUUGUGUUAAUGCUUUAUUGGUGAACUGUAUUGGUAAUAUUUUAUUCUGAGGAACAUCCGUGUACUAUAUUUGGCAUCUUCUCCGUUCUUCAUCUGUACCUGUGAUGCUGCUUCAUUUUGAAGAUGUCAUAUUUUUCUGGAAAGUUAAGAUACAAAUAUGAAUCUACACAAAGUUGUUUCUUGUACAAAAUUUUAAGAUAUCACCAAUACAGAGAGACCAAAGUCCACUGCUGCCAAAACUUUGUAGACUGGAUAUAGAGGAUUGGGGACUUGUGUGUGGAAAAUAUCAGCAUUAUGUAUUCGUGUUCCCAAAGUCAUUCCAAGGUGUUCGGAAGAAGUCAUUUUUUAUAUAUGACUUCGCAUGUCCAGUGCAUUGUUCUGGAAGCAAUGAACUUGUGUAAUUAUGAAAAUUUUCCAAUAAAAAUGAUGUAUUAAUGGAG